ACGCGCUUACCCUUUCCACUGCUCUAAUCUCUCUUUCCUUCUCUCCGCUCUUCAUCGCUCCAAUUCUCAAUUCCCUUUGCUCGGCCAUUUUCCCAACCAGUUCUCUUCCCAGCAGUGAUUGGGAUCCAAUAAUGAUGGAGAAGGCAGAUCCUGCACAGAAGCUAUAUACAAGGAUGAGGCUAUGGGAAUUUUCGGAUCAGUAUGUUAUUGAACCCACGGAUGGAUCUUCUGGGCCGUGUUUGGCAAUCCGUCGCGAGGAUGCAUCUAUGAGUUUAUUAGAUGAAAUGCAACAUGGCAGCACUCUUCAUGUUCCUAAAAUUCAGACUAUAUUUGGUGUUGUUGGAAUUCUAAAGCUUGUGGCAGGUUCAUACUUAAUAGUUAUAACAGAACGUGAACGUGUUGGUUUUUACCUGGGACAUCCUAUCUUUAAAGUCACAUCAUUGAAAGUUUUACCUUGCAGCAAUUCUCUCAAGAGUUCAUCUGUAGAACAGAAAAGAAUGAAAGCAGAGCUUACCACACUGCUAAGUGUGGCAGAGCGGACACCCGGCCUGUACUUUUCUUAUGAUGCUAAUAUCACAUUGAGUGCUCAACGGUUACAUGAUUUGGGUGAAGAAUCUAGGCUACUUCCUCUUUGGAGACAGGCUGACCCUCGAUUUGUUUGGAACAACUAUAUGAUGGAAGUGCUAAUAGAUAACAAGCUUGACCCGUUCUUGCUGCCUGUUCUCCAGGGGAGUUUUAACAACUUUCAAUCGUCCAUUGGGAGAGAUGUAAUUGAUGUUACACUGAUUGCACGGAGGUGCAACAGGAGAUCUGGCACUCGGAUGUGGAGAAGAGGGGCUGAUUCUGAUGGUUAUGUUGCAAAUUUUGUGGAAAGUGAACAAAUCAUACAAAUGAAAGGUUUUAUAGCAUCUUUUGUUCAGGUUCGUGGGUCAAUCCCUAUAUUAUGGGAUCAAAUUGUUGACUUAACCUAUAAGCCCAAGUUUGAGAUAGUGAGAUUUGAUGAAGCACCUCGGGUGGCUGAGCGGCAUUUUUUAGAUCUAAGGAAGAAAUAUGGAAAUGUUAUUGCCAUUGAUCUUGUGAAUAGUCAUGGAGGAGAGGGACGUCUUAGUGACAAGUUUUCAGAUGCUAUGCAGCAUAUUAAUGAUGAAGAUGUGAGGUAUGGUCUAUUCUCCCAACAGCUUAAUUAUAUGUCAAUUUGCAAUCCCUGCUAAGUUCUAAUGUCUUUGUAGAUACUUGCACUUUGAUUUUCACCAGAAGUGCGGGCAUGUACAUUUUGAGCGUCUCUCUGAACUUUAUGAUGAGAUUGAGAAUUUCCUCAUUAAUAACAGGUACUUUUUACGAAAUGAGAAGGGAGAGAAAGUUGAGGCACAACUUGGGGUUGUAAGGACAAAUUGCAUUGAUUGCUUGGAUCGAACGAAUGUUACUCAGAUCAUGAUUGGUAAAAAUAUGUUAGAAAUCCAACUGAGAAGGCUUUGCAUUUUUAAAGCUGAUGAAAUGAUUAGCACACACUCCAACCUUGAUGAGAACUUCAAAAUCUUGUGGGCUAAUCAUGGCGAUGAUAUAAGCAUCCAGUAUUCUGGCACUCCUGCUCUAAAGGGUGAUUUUGUCAGAUUCGGUCAGCGUACUGCCAAAGGGAUAUUUAAUGAUGGAUGUAAUGCUCUCAUGCGCUACUACUUGAACAAUUUCUGCGAUGGUACAAAACAGGAUGCCAUUGACUUAUUGCAUGGACAUUACAUUAUUUCUUUCUCACGGGACACGACACUUACAUCACAAAAAGGAAGUGUUGAGGCAGUUGCUUCAUUCCCAAUGGCAUUUGCGUUGAUUACAGCUGGUUUGUUCUUCACCGUUAUCUCACUAAGGCGAGUUUCCAGUAAUCCAUGGAACCUAUUGUUUUCAAUGAUUUGGGGAAGCAUAAGUCUUCUAAUAGCUGGAUUUGUGAGGGCCAACGGUCGUGUAUUCUGUAACAGGCCUCGCCUUCACCAACCAAGGCGUUGAUCUUGAGGUUCAUUCAGUCUGCUAUAUGUUAUUAUUCUUAUAUGUUUAGGCUCUGAGUUCUGACCUCGCUGCCCGCUAUAACACAAGUGAUUUUAGCUAAUAGCCUUUUUCUAUUCGAUCUGAUUUUGGUCUUUGUUAGGGUUCAUACCCAAUUUGGUAUAUACUCUCCAAUCUGAUUUUUGAUCACUUCAAUCUCACUUGAUAGAUCUGUAGGAGUUAAUACCAUAUUGGGGGUCCCUUCACUAUGCUAUUCUCAAUUUAGUGGUGUUUAUACAUAUUUCGCUUUGAUUAAAAGGAACAUUGUUGU